CAUCCUAUUCGACCAGAAAUCUCUGGUUAAAAAGUCUUUGGGCCUAAAUAAUUAUCAUUUCAGAAAGUUCUGUUUUUUCUCCGGUGAAAACAUCUCAUGUGGUAACAGUUCUUGUGGAUUUCGAUCUUGAAAUUUGCCUUUAACUGAAUUAACAUCGGACUCAAUUCAUUAAGAUUUGAUCCCAUUUCUGGCUUUUUAGACUUAAACAUUUCUACACGUUUUUGAAUUAUUAAUUAGUGGAAUCAUAAUUAUGUCUUUUACCGAUUUACCAGAUAAUUGUCUUUGGAAGAUUUUCGAAAAUGUCAAUGGGGUCAUAGAUUUGAUUCAAUUUUCUAAAGUUUGUUCGAGAUGGUCCGAUUUAAUUAGGCUAAGAUUUAAUCGAGUAAAAUAUUGUAUCGAAAAUAAAGUUGAUUAUAUUGAUGAAAACAGUUUGUGGAUUAAUCAUAAUACGAAUUGGAAUGAUUACAAUUUAUUUGAAUUGUUUCCAAAUCUUAAGAUUAUAGAUAUUGCGGUUUUAUUGGAAACUGCAUCUUUGUUAGAUAUUGUCAGAAAUAAUCCACGAAUAAAGGGAUUAAUCGCAGUUUGGGAUUAUAUCGAUGACGAUUAUAUCUUAACAAAUAUCGAAAUGAUCGCUGCAGCUUGUGAGUUCGAUUAUGAAGCAGUUUUUUACAAUGGACCAAAUUUGUCUUCGUUAAAGAUUCUUGAACUUGGUACAAGCUAUUUUGUUGAACAAUUCACCGGAUUUCAUUUCAUGGAUUUUUGUCCCUCUUUGGAAAGCGCUUUCUUCCAGUGUUGGGCAGAGGAUAUUUAUGUAAAUGAAUCGAUAAAGAAUUACAAUCUAAGAGAUUUGGUUAUUGAUAAUAUUCAUUCUGGUAGUUUUUUGUGGCCACUACUUAAAAAACUGGUGUCUAAAUUUCCUAACUUGCAUCAUCUAGCAAUCAGAAAUUUUGAUAAGCUCGAUGAUAGUAAAUUUCAUUUAGAUGAAUUGAUAAAAUUAUUACCAAAGUUGAAGUUAUUGGACUUGAGAAGAUUUGAGAAAGUGACGCAUAAAUCAGCUGAUUUUCUGUCCAAAUAUUGUGUCAAAAAGAAUCGAUCAAUCGUAAUUUAUUACGAUUGUGAAAACGAACCCGCCGAAUGGCCUAAAUUGGUAAAUACUCGUGAAACAAUUUGCUAUGGAUUCGAUUUCAUGAAACAUUGUUUCUACAAAAAAUUCAGUUCUCUUCCAAAUCUCAUUGAUGAAUGAAAUGACUGAUUUGAAGCAAUCGCAAUUAAAUUGAUUGGAUACAGUUGAUAAGAUUUAUUUAUCUAUUUUCGAUUUUAUGAUAUAAAUUGAUCAGAUUUAAUCACAAUUUAAAUGACACAAAAAUUGUUGAUUGGUUAGCACAAUACAAUAUCCAACUUUGUAAAUGGCAAAAUCCAAACAAUAAUUAAAG